GACGCCAAAAUAGGAACACUAUAUGCUUUCUCUAUCGUUCUCUAUGGGUGGGAGCUUUCCAAACUUUUUUUUAAUUAUAUCUCCCUGUCAUCACAUGAACAUUGAAGAAGUGACUGGUUGCGACUUCAACUGUUUGUUGUUGUAGCUUUCAUUUAUAACCACAUUUUCAUAGCAUUUGUCCUACAGAAUGCGUUCCCUUGGACUGUGUAGUUUGAUGUUGCAUGUGAUCGCUGUUUGUUCCACGGAGUUGACGUUUGAGUUACCUGAUAACGACAAGCAAUGUUUCUAUGAAGAGCUCCAGAAUGGAGUGAAGUUUGACCUAGACUUUCAAGUGAUUGCAGGAGGGAACUAUGAUGUGGACUGCUUUGUAACAGAUCCAGUGAAUAACGUCCUGUAUCAGGAGAGGAAGAAGCAGUACGAUAGCUUCUCUCACACCACCACUAUGAAAGGAACCUACAAGGUCUGCUUCAGCAAUGAGUUCUCUACCUUCUCCCACAAGACCGUCUACCUGGACUUCAGGUCCGGAGAGGAGAGACCCCUACUGCCUGACAUGAACAGAGACACAGCCCUAACACAGAUGGAGUCGGCCUGUCUGUCCAUCCAUGAGAUCCUGAAGGUAGUGUCUGACUCUCAGACCUGGUAUCGGUUACGGGAGGCUCAUGACCGCAUCAGAGCAGAGGACCUACAUGAGCGUGUGUCCUAUUGGUCGAUAGGAGAAACUAUCAUCCUUUUCACUGUCAGCAUUGGACAGGUUCUCAUUCUCAGGAGCUUCUUCAGCGACAAGAAGGGCAGUGUUUCAGCCAACACAUAGAUCCCACCAUUAUUAUAUAUAUGAUACAUUCUAUAAUACUGGGUUAGUGUUGCAGCCAACACAUAGAUCCCACCAUGAUUAUAUAUAUGAUACAUUCUAUAAUACUGGGUUAGUGUUUCAGCCAACACAUAGAUCCCACCAUUAUUAUAUAUAUGAUACAUUCUAUAAUACUGGGUUAGUGUUUCAGCCAACACAUAGAUCCCACCAUGAUUAUAUAUAUGAUACAUUCUAUAAUACUGGGUUAGUGUUUCAUUCAACACAAGAUAUUGUAUUAUAGGUCAUCUGCAACUAGACUGUAACCUACCUUCAUACCCCACAACAACUGUAGUCCUAUACAGUUAUAUUAAAGGACUUCAGGAACUAUUAAAUCUGUCUGGUAUUAAGACUCUAGCUUGUGGACUCUAGCCUCUGAAAAUGAAAUACUGUGGUUGCAACAGCUGUUUAGUGAUUUCAAUCAAAAUAGGUUGGCAACCUAACACACCUGUGGUACACCAAGCCUUUAUUUGUUUUUGUCUCAGUGUACAUCAUUAAUUUGUGCUAUGACAUUAAUUUAUUGUGUGUAAAACGUUUUGUUGGUCUGUCUCGCCUCUCUCUUGUACACAGUCACAAACACCAUAACCCCACAAUUUGAUUUCCAUUUCAAAUCCUAUUUUCCCUUUCCUUAACCCCAACCCCUAAGCUUAAAAUAGCCUUUGUCCUUGAAUUUUCCUUGUUUUACUAUCCUUGUGAGGACUUUUGGCAAUUCCUGGGCCACUUGAAGAUAGGGGUGUGUCUUGACUAUCAUUAAAGUCAAUAAUGUUA